UUCCUUUUUAGAGUUUAUAUUUUGUGAAACCUCGGGCACAGCGCUCGAAAACCGGUCAUCAGAAGUUGUAUGCACUAACCACAGUCCUUUAUCCUUUAUUUAACAAAAUCGAGAAUAAUUUGACAGAUAUUGAGUGAGAGCUUCAUCAACCAGCAAGAUGUCGUACAUGCUGCAGCAUCUCCACAAUGGCUGGCAGGUGGACCAGGCCAUCUUGUCGGAGGAGGAUCGCGUGGUCAUCAUUCGCUUCGGCCAUGACUGGGACCCCAGCUGCAUGGUGAUGGAUGAAACUCUGUACAAGUGUGCCGAGAAAGUGAAGAACUUUGCGGUCAUAUACUUGGUGGACAUUUCAGCAGUACCAGAUUUCAACAAAAUGUACGAGUUGUAUGACCCCUGCACCUCCAUGUUUUUCUACAGAAACAAGCACAUCAUGAUUGACUUGGGCACUGGUAACAACAACAAGAUCAACUGGUGUAUGGAGGAUGUUCAGGAAUUUAUUGACAUUGUGGAGACAGUGUACCGUGGGGCAAGGAAAGGACGAGGUCUAGUUGUGUCACCAAAAGACUAUUCUACCAAGUACAGAUACUGAUAUCUCCCUGAAUUCUCCUGUGUCACAUUGUGUUUGUCAUUGGUCAUUUGUUUGUUUAUUCAUGUGUCACCAACACUGUGUUUCAGACACCAUGUACAGUGUACUUUUGGUAUACAAGGAAGGUAUGAACAGUUGGUUGGAAGUGAAAUGUCAUAAGAAAUGUGAAAACAUCAGAUCGCCAAUACGUUAACUAUAACAUAGAAGAUGUUGUGAGUAAUGACUUAAUUAGCAAACAUCCAUAUUCCAUGUACAUAAUAGACAGGUAAAGUGCUGUUUUUCAUGUGUUUUUCAUGAUCAUGAAAUAAACACUAAACCUCUCGAAUUAUUCGAAUUUAUGGAAACAUUGUUUUAUAUAUUAUUAUGUUGAGAGACAGUGUAGUUAGUUAAUUGUGAUCACAAUGUCAUCUAUUUGGGCAGAAUCCCUGCGUGUUAAAGUGUUUGAUAGAUGGCAACCAUGGUUGCUGACAACAUCCAUAAAGACUAGUGUUUGUCUUUUUGUCUGGGACAAGGAAAUAAAUGUUGUGCUAUGCUG